AUGUGUAUUAGUCGAGUUGCUUAUAAAUUUCUUUUGCUUAUCUUAAUAUUCAAUGUUUAUUACACUGAAUCCGAUGAAAUUCCGUAUGAUACGGUUGUUUGUUUUGGCGAUUCCCAUUCUGAUACUGGUAAUGUUUAUAAUUUAACAGGUUUAAAAUGGCCUGUUGUUCCACCUUAUUAUAAUGGUAGAUUUUCUAAUGGAAAAGUUUGGAUAGAAAAAUUAGGAAUAUCUAAUAUUAUUAAUUAUGCAUAUGGAGGUGCUACAACUGAUAAUAACUUAGUAACAGGUUUUACAGAAUUUAGUUUGAGUGUACCAGGUAUUCGUCAACAGAUAAAUAAAUACAAAACUCUUACUGAUGUAAGUAAGAUUAAUUUUCUUCGAACAAUUUAUAUAAUUUGGGCUGGUGGAAACGAUUAUUUUUUUAAUAUAAGUUUAUCUUCGUCAACUGUUGUUAGAAGUUUAAUUAAUGGAAUAAAUGAUUUAAUUGAAAUAGGUGCAAAAAAUUUUCUUAUUCUUAAUCAACCACCUCUUCAAAUAUAUCCAGCUACUUUAGCUUUUAAUAUGCCUGAUUAUUUAAAUAAACUUACACUUGCACAUAAUAGUAAUCUAUCUAAUUCAAUUCAAUUACUUCAAUCAAAUUAUACGAAUAUAUUAUUUAAAUUAUUUGAUGUUUAUUCACUAAUUUCAAAUAUUCUUAUCAAUGGUUCGACAUAUGGAAUUAAUAGUACGACUAAUUGUUGGGAUACUCCAAAUUAUACUGUUGUUCAAUUAUGUUCAACUCCUGAUACUUAUCUAUUUAUUGAUCGAUAUCAUUUUACUACUCGUGUACAUCAAUUAAUUGCUGAUAAUGCACAAAAAUUACUUCAAACUUCAAAUGGAACUAUUAAAUCUCCUCAAUCUAUUUUUUAUGUUUUAUCUUUUUUUAUAGCUUUAUAUAUUUUAUAG